AUGCCCCGACACUUGGACUCAUCUCGAGAUUCCCCAGACUACGACAGCCCACCAGAAGACGUUAGCCCUGGUCUCGUCACGCGAAGACGAACUGGGGUCCUCAAAACUGUUGGCGACCCUGGCCUCGGCAAUACCGCCAUUAGGUCCGGUCAAGUCGAUAUUCCUAUUGUUGAUUUUGGAACCACCAUCACACCUUCUUUGACACCAGGACACAGUAGACCUGCAACCGCUCUUGGAUUCAGCCGACGACCAUCGCAACUAGAAUAUGGUCAGCCUCUAACUGCGCCGGCAUCACCUGUGAACGGCUCUCCGAACGAGCGGGUCUCGCCUAAAGAUGAGAAGCGAUCUCCUCGCGCUGACCGACCUGGGUCGAACCCCCUUGGUGGCCACGGACGGUCAUCGAGCCAGGCCUGGCGGGCUGGCACAGUCCUGGGGCGGCAUAGCCCAACCAGUGGAUUGACAGCAGAGGAGUUUGUGCAGCAGCGGGCGUCCGCACUCAAAUCUCCUCAUGGGUACGUGCCUUACCGCAGUACGUCAUUCAGCAAGGUCGAACAGUCUCCCAGCAGGCUUCGUAAUGGAAGAGAGUCGAACAGUCGACCUUCAUCACGUGGAUCGCUGCUGCAUGAGUUCUCCUCACACUUGAGUGCGCGAGAGCAGGAGCAUGUGGCUCGAAUGACGGGAGGGCCUUUGAUUCAUGUCAGCGAGCGAAGUCGAACGCCUGAUCCAUCGAUUGGGUUGAUCGGAGCCAUCGAGGCGAGAGAGCAGGAGAAACGCAAUAUCCGGGAAGGGCUGGCGGGACAAAUGGUUCAUGAAGCAAUCGCACACCGACAAAAGACGGAGCGAAUGUACGGUUUGGGGCCGGAAGCUGGUCACCCUGAGUCAUGGGCCAAUUUACGAGCACCAUCACCGUCAACUCGGUGGAGUGUGUUUGGGGGACCGGUGUCUCCAUUGCAUUAUCAACAAGCAAUGAUGCAUCAGAGGCAGAGCGGAUAUUUUGCGGCUCAGAGCGGGUAUGAUGGUCGAUAA